UUGAGCCCCGAAAAAAAAAUUGUCUCAGAUCGACCCGGAAAAAAAAUUUUCUUAUAGAACUAUAGUUUCAGAAAUUCUACAAACUUACUUGAAACCAUUUUUUUAAUGUUCUGAGCAUUUUCCAUUGAAACUACGUAAAUUUUUGAAAUGUUAGAAUUUUCCUUUGAAACCGUCAUGGAAAUCUCGCUUUAUAGGGCCAUUGAAUCUCAGAGCAAAGUCUUACUGCUACAUUUUCCAUAGGAAAAUUCAUUAUAUACAAAUUAAAUAAGGCUCCAUCUACGUUAACAUUAUUUUGGAAAAAAUGCCAUUUAACAGUGUUCGUACCCCACAAACCACUUAUUAUACAAGCUGUUUUGCAUUAACGGUACUUACCCAUAUAUCACAACAACUUCCCAUGGAUGUAUUCAGAAUGUUCAGUCACGUCAUGGUUCGGCGUCUAUGAGAAAAAUAAUAAAAAUUCAAUCAGUCCGUUUUUAAUUAUAAUCUUUUUUUUUACAUUACCUCAAUUAGAACGUUCCUUGAAGGUCUACAUGAAGUAAAUUAAGUAACAAUGCAUAGACGUCCUUUAAUGUACGUUUCACAGAUGUCCAUUUAAUGUACUGCGCGUAAUGGGACACGCGAAAAUUAGAAAUUCUGGCUAGCAAAUCAUUUCAUACUUAAGUAACUGGAAUUUGGGGUUAGGAGAGCUUUUGUAAUUUGUUGCCACCAUGCACUUGAAAAAUUGUAUCUAUUGAUCAAUGGCAAUAUAUGUUAGGUGUUUUAUAAAAGAUAAUUUUUAAACGAAAACUGACCAGGAUGUAGCGAUAUUGUAAAAGUAUUUUCUUAAAGUUUAGUCCACUAAAGGACAUCCAUGGAAUGGAUAUUUAAAAUGUCACUGAAACGUUUCAGUUAGAACAUCUAAAACGAACACCCGUUUUAGAUCCAUGGACAAUGCACAUUCAUACAAAUAAUGGACCUAAAACGUACCUACGUCGGUUGCUAUAUGGGGAAUGUGCAAAAUUUUGAAUUAGGCCGUAUUCUGAAAGAUAUUUUGGAAAAUAUCGCGGUAAAUUCGCUAUUUGAACUUGUGAGGUCCCUAAUUCCCAUGUGAAAACCAUUUGGGUCACACGUGGUAUGAUCGUAUCCUCUAAAUGCACAGUUUUGCGCGAAUCCUCUUAAUUAACGAGAAGGGAAGAGACUAUAUGCAUUUCAGUUUCGCUAAAAGUGAGUUUGGACUUACAUUCUUGGUUAUAGUCGCUUUUCUUCAUUAUUAUGGAGAAACAAACCAUUAGCUACGGCAUUCAAAAUUUGAUUUACUUGCUUGCGUGCCUUUCUCUCCACCGACUUGAGUCUAAAGACCAUGUCUUCUUCCCCAGGUGACAAAUGUGCUCUAAUUGGUGGAAAUGAAGGCAGAAUCUCCUAAACACUGCGCUGUUGGAAACGCAUGCCACGCUUACAUCUCGACAUUUUGUAGAAUGCACUGUGCAAAAAUUACUGUGUUCAACAAUUUUAGUUCAUGUUAUCAGUUUACAUCCCGUUUGCUUAAUGCCGUCUUUAAAGUGUUGCUAAUAGCGGAAGUGAUCGUGUUGGGAACAUGUUUCUAACACGAUUAAGAGAUGUUUUUCGGCGUCUUUUGCUUAAACAAGUGUCGUCGUUAGGCCACAACUUGUCACGUGUGGACGCUAACAGCGCAGAGGUGGAAUCUGCAAGUAUCCGUAAUCCCACACAAACGGAUAGCGGAUAUUAUAGAAACUACGAUCAUUUACCUAAUCGUCCGAGGCGAACCAACUCUUCCCAAAUUCCUUGUCUUCCAACAAACGAGGGUCCGCCCAUACCUUCGCCGCCGCCUCCGCGGAGACUACUAGAGCUGGAACCAGCAGAGGAACAGAUCAAUGUCGGAGCCGCGCCACUUGCUCAAGACGAAACAAAAUUGCUACCCUACUCGCCCAAGGAAUACCUAUCGCCCGGGGCUAACAUCAAAAAGUCUGAUGCCAACAAGAAGGUCGAGAGAUUUGACGAAAUACCUAACGAAUUCGAAUGUUGCUUUUGCACUUCAAAGGAUUAUAAGGAAUUCGUCGACGCAGAAAACCUGAUGCCAUUAGGAACAAGUGAUUUCCGAAACCCGGUUUGUUUAGAAAUGAAAACGUUACGAAACGGAAUGACCGACUUCGUGAAUCCUUUUGGAGAUUUUGACAUUAAUACCAAACCUGCUUUUCAAAAUGCCAUCAACAGUGCCGAUAUGGGUAGCAUGGAUAGCUCAGAUACCUUUGCGAGUUGCAACACCCAUCCCUACCACUCCCAAGGUGACCUAACUUCAAACGUAGCAGAUCCCACGUGCGCGAUUGAUAGCAACCUGUACGUAAACCCUUUAGACAAAAGCGUAGAUAAUAGCCCCACAGCACCCCCACCCGGAAUCAGCCUAAUAUCGGCCGUCAAAAAAUCAGCGUCCGGAGACACCGGAUUAAGAAGCUUGGGGACGACGCCAAUUGAAGAAAGCUACAGAGGCUUCGGUGGCAUUGACCGUGGAAGUCGGGUGAGUCUAAACGAUUCGCCUCAACCCAAGCAUAGAAAGACGCGUUUUCAACCGACUAAUCGACAAAGAACACGAUUCGGUAAUGCAUUUGAACGCCAGUCCCAAGAGAGCUUAGAAGGUAAACGUAAUUCCAAAAAGUCCUUCAUGACGAGCAAAGGUUUUGCAUCAGCCAGCAGAAUACUAAAUCAGCACCUCUUCGGUUUGCACGCGCUCAGCGGAUCGAGAUCAGGAAAAAAUGGCGACAGCAAAUCUUCCCUAUCCGUAGAUUCCAUGGACAGUCGCACCAGUUCGCCAAUGGAACACCAUCGUCGCUCAAAGUCGAUUUUAAAGAAAUCGGAUGGAAGCUCGCACAAAAACGGGGACCCCGAAAGUGAACGACUCAUAUCGGAUAGCACCUCGGGUAUUGAUGUUGGGUCGGGCAGCGAGUACUCAUCACCCAGUAAACGCCUAUCGUCGCCGCCCGUUAAACACCGACCCCAUCAGAAACUCACAAGAUCUCUUCCUUUAUCCGGUCAGGCCGACUAUGAUAGAAACCGAACUUUAAAAUCACCUUUGUUUUUACUUGAUGAUAUUAUUAGUAAAGAUAGACAAAAUGACUAUGUGAUAGAUAAACUGAAAGAGUGUAGUGGUAGUGUACGUGACUUACCUUUAUACAUAUGUCCACCGCCACCACCAAUGGAUCAUUCCCCCACCGAAGAAACGAGGUUACUUUUACAUACGCCGACUCCAGUUGUUGUUUCUACACCAAGACAAGCUAAUUAUCUUUCAAAAGGACCUGAUCCGUCCUCGUAGCAAUUACAG